ACCGGUUGUCCCGAUCAAUUCUACGUCGCCACUACCACCACUACCAAUGCAUAAGGUGUUUUAUAAAUUGUUUACUGCGAAAAGUAGUACCGAGCAGACGAUACAGAAAUUAUAGAUAAUGCGUAUUUAGAUUAACAUAUAUUGCACUGUGAUUGCGUUGCACACCAGUGUGUAUUGAUAGUAUAAAAGAAAUUCACUUAGAUAAGCGGAAGGAUUGUUAAAGAAAUAUUGAAAGAAAGGUAAAGAUUAAAAAAAAAAAAAAAAAGAAAAAAAAGAAAAAGUGCAAUUCGGUUGAAAUCCAUGGCAGAAAGCAACGAAAUCGCGCUUGAUUCAAACGGUUGGCUCUGGGGAUGGUUUAGCUGGUCACGCUGUUCCUCAACCAUGUUAAGGACAGUAGAAAAAAAAAUAUUCUCAUAUCUUAAAACAGGGUAUAGAGGUUGGUAUGUUGAUAUUGGCCCAGUUGUGGGAGUUUCAGAUAAAAUUUGGACGAUAUCUCUUAAUCAAGACAGUCCAAAAACGCCAAUUGUUUUGCUACAUGGUCUCGGAGCUGGUGUAGCACUAUGGGUUUUAAAUCUUGAUACUCUGGCUAUGCAUAGACCCGUUUAUGCUAUAGAUUUAUUAGGAUUUGGUAGAAGUAGUAGACCAGUUUUCAGUAAACAAGCCGAAGAAGCUGAAAAUCAAUUAAUUAACUCGGUAGAAGAAUGGAGAAAAGAAAUGCAGUUAGAAAAGUUUGUUCUACUUGGGCAUUCGAUGGGUGGUUUUUUAGCUGCUUCGUACGCUAUUCAGUAUCCAAAGCGAGUUAAGCAUUUGAUACUUGCCGAUCCUUGGGGAUUUCUAGAAAAGCCCAACGACGUUGCCAAUAAAGUAGGAUUGCCUCUUUGGUUAAAAGCAUUAACAUACGUUGUUAUACCUCUUAAUCCAUUAUGGGCUGUUAGAUUCGCUGGACCAUUUGGUCAACGACUUAUUGAAACAAUACGUCCAGAUAUAGUAAAAAAAUUUGCUCCAUUUUUGAAAGACGAUCCCAGUAUCAUUUCACAAUAUAUACAUCAGUGUAACAUUCAAAAUCCGUCUGGAGAAAGCGCUUUUUAUGCAAUGAUGCAGGGCUUUGGAUGGGCGAAAAAUCCAAUCGUUAAAAGAAUUGAUAAAUUAGAUCCUCAAAUCUCUAUAACACUUCUGUAUGGUAGUAGGUCUUGGAUAGAUAAUUUAAAUGAUGAAACGAUAAAACAAAUUAGAUCAUCUUCAUAUGUUAAUGUUCAGAUAAUUAGUGGUGCUGGACAUCAUGUUUAUUUAGAUAAAUGUGAUACUUUUAAUAAAUAUGUGCUGGAAGCAUGUGCCUUAAACGAUACGAAUUCUAAACUUAUGUAUUCCACAAAUAAAGAAGAUUUAAAGUUAAUAGAGAAUGAUGAUGUAAAAAAUAAUGACAUUGUUAAAAAAAAAGGUGUUUAUAAUUAAGAUUGAGAAUUGAGACGACACGAACGAGAACAAAUUAAUAGUUAUUCUUAAAUUUUCUUUCAUUAAACACAAUUAUUUAUUAAAAUAAUAUAUACCUAUCUACGAACAGCAAGAUUUAAGUUGAAAAUGACAUUGUGCUACUUUUACAC